AUGGCCGAGGCCAACAAGAACGACCUGGUGUCCGAGUACCAGCUGUAUCAAGUCGUGACUGUCGAGGAGGAAGGCGAAGGGGACGAGGACAAGGACGCUGACGCGAGAUCAUUACCACCGCGAUUCCCAUCCGUUUUUUCUAAAAGUAUAAAUGAAUAUAGUGAAGAAUUAGAUACUGAUAGGGGAGGAACCAUGACUUCAAAAGACGAUCCAAAUAAAUUUUUGUGUUUUUGUAGAAAACCUAAUAAUGACAAAUUUAUGAUUUCUUGUGAUACUUGUGAAGUUUGGUUCCAUGGAAAAUGCGUAGGUAUUACAAAGGAUUUGAGUAAACAAAUAGAAGAAUGGAAUUGUCCACCAUGCAAAAAAAAGAAGACUAAAGAAGCACGUAAAAAAUCUGAUGAGGAGAAAACCAAUAAAAAAUUAAAUGAAGAUAAAAGAAAAAAAUAUGGUUCAAUAUGGCUAGUCAAGAAAACUGAUUCAAAAUCUACUAAAAUUCAACCUUUAUUACAGCAAAAUUGUGUCCAGCGUAAAAAGGUUUUUGAAGAACAUUCAGAAGUUGAAGAUGGUGCUGACAAAGUCCUUCAGUCGACACGUUUAAGAUUACCAAGCGUCAAUAAAACAUCUAAACUAAAAGAUGUUCAAAAUAUUUUGUCAAAAGAUAUUCCUUCAUCUUCAAAAACCAAAGACCAGAAUAAAAACUUCAUGGCAAACAAAGACAGAGAUUUUGAAAUUAUUGAUUUAACUAGAAAUCAUCAUGAAACCGUAGCUGAUAACUUGGUCACACUUGCUCUUGCCACGUUUUCGAUGUAUUUGUAA